AUGGCGCGGGUUCGCGACGAGAUGGCGACGCGGCGAAGCGGGCAAACUCGCUGUCUGUUGCCCUGCGAAAUGCGGCGACUGUUGAGCUCCACCUCCUGCCACGUGGCAUGGCAGCAUCUGGACUUGACUGCUAGUGACGAUCUGCGCUGCACCAACCUCAUGUGCCCCAAGGUCACUGAGCCCUGCAUAUGUCGCCUGGGCGUCGCCCUCUCUCGUUUGCCGUGCCUCACCUCCCUCACUCUCGCUCACAACGGCCUAGAGGCUCUCCCCGAUUCGCUCUCCUCCCUCACCGCUCUUCGCCAUCUCGACCUCUCCCACAACCGCCUCUCCUCUCCGCCCCUCCAGCUCACGUCCGCCCUUCCACACCUCAAGUCUCUCGUCCUCUCUGGUAACCCCUGUGCUCCCGCCUCCACACCACCACUUGACCCCCCUCAGCAGCGCUCCAAUGAAGGUCAAUGA